AUGGCUGCUGGAACAGUGCAGACCUCCCUCCCCACCCUCAAAACUGGGGCUAACCAUGGGCUGGGCUUCACCAAUAAUGUAAAUUUCACGAAGAUUGCCUGCGCGCCGACCUCAAAGAGAAACCGUUCUUGGAGAUCUAAUGCGCAGAGGAUAGUGAACUCCAGUUCAGGGUCUGAUACUGUUGAAUUGCAACCUUCGUCAGAAAGGAGUCCCCUGUUAGGUAAAAAUACGUUUACCACUCUACUUGCACAAUUAGUCUUGUGCUCAUUUAACUGAUGCUUGUAUUUUUUUAAAGGUAGUCUCAGUUUUGACCAAAUUUUCUUUUCAUUUGUGUUGAACUGUUCCCAAUAUAAAAUUUUCUUCCAGUAUCCUUUAUUUUGAUUCACGUGAAACUCAUGAUGAUCAUUUUCUGAAGUGCAGUGCCCAGGCAAAAGUAUUGUGAGACAAUUCACCAAACUGUACGUAGAAAAACACGAACUGUGAUGGUUGGAAAUGUUGCUCUUGGCAGCGACUAUCCCAUAAGAAUCCAAACAAUGACAACGUCUGAUACCAAGGAUGUGAAGGCCACUGUAGAAGAGGUCAAUAACUUUCUCUUUGCACUGUAUUUGCUUCUGUGUGUGUGAUCUGAUACCUGGUUGUCUGUGACACAACGCUUGAGCAAGUUCAAAUGCUUCUUGUGCACCACUGAAUUUUCUUUUUGGGAAGUCUAGAAGCUGUCAUUAUGAAGUAAUGCCUUGCCAAUUUUUAUACUGGAUAGGUGCUAUAUUUCUACUUGCAUGCAUCAUUAUGAAAAUUCAGAAUAAUUGUUCGUCUUAUUUCUCUGUCUUUGAGAAAAUAACUUGAUGGUGGACUCGCUGGUUUCGUUGAAAUAACUUAUGGUUUAUGCCUAUUUUAUUGAAAAAAAUAUGGGGUUUAAAAAAUAAUUGAAGUGAGAAAAAAUAUAAAAGCCCUCUUUCAUGAAUUCCUUGGUACAUUUUCUGCACUUGAACUGAGCUUGUUCUAGCAUAUCUGCUAAUCUGUGUGUUUUACAAGCGACAUGUGUUUUAUAUUCAGGUAAUGAGAAUAGCUGAUAAGGGAGCAGAUUUUGUUCGGAUAACUGUCCAAGGAAAGAAAGAAGCAGAUGCUUGCUUUGAAAUAAAAAACGCCCUUGUUCAGAGAAAGUGAGUCGUGAGAUUUCCUUACAAUAUUGUGCAUAGAUGAUCAACGACUUACUCUCUGCUUUCUUCUCUUUUCAGUUACGACAUACCUCUGGUUGCCGACAUUCACUUUGCUCCCUCAGUUGCUUUGAGAGUAGCUGAGUGUUUUGAAAAGAUCCGUGUCAACCCAGGGAAUUUUGGUAUUGCCAGUAAUUCUGUUCUGUACUUCUUCCAGACGUAGAAAAGUUAGUUUUGUAUGGAUUAAUUAGUUUUGUUCUCUUGCAGCUGAUAGGCGUGCACAAUUUGAGAAUUUAGAAUAUACAGAAGAGGAUUAUCAGAAAGAGCUCGAGCACAUUGAAGAGGUAAGAACUUCAUUCCUCAUUGCAAUAUGCACAUAAUCUGUUAGCUUUGAUGUAGAAACACGGGCCAUUACUUACGUUUCUUGGUCCCAAAGACCGUGCCUAAUCAAAAUCCUUGGGAUCUAAACUGUUUAUUUUUGGAGUCAAGCUAACGUCCACGUCAUCUGGAUUGUAUUGGUUUACUUUUGAGGUGUUCUAUAAGAAUCUCACGGCUUUUCUGCUCACAUUUCAAUUUGAUUUCUUUUGUGGCGUCUCAUUCUCUCCUCUUUUCGUAGCUGACUCGUGUAUAAAAUUAUGCACCGAUCACGUGCAAAAAUCUGCACGAUCUUAUUUCAUCCCUCCUGCCUUUGUUUUCGUGAUCGUAGAAUAUUGUCAAAAUUGUGCAAUGACCAACAUAUUGGAAUACGUUCUUUUUCUUAAAAAGAAAUUCAGCACCACCUAUUUUGUACAGAUAUUCUAUUUUAUGCCAUGCAAAUCAUUUCUCAUCUGAUACUGUGAAAAAGCAUGCAAUCCAAUCUUCAGUUACUUAUGGCAAUCCUAAUGGAGGACUUAAUUAAUCUCAGGUUUUCACUCCGCUGGUUGAGAAAUGCAAGAAAUAUGGAAGAGCAAUGCGCAUUGGAACAAAUCAUGGGAGCCUUUCUGAUCGUAUCAUGAGUUACUAUGGAGAUUCUCCUAGGGGAAUGGUGACAAACAAUUUGUUGUUUUAUUUCUUUUAGCGUUCUUUUUCCCAUUCAUCAUGUUGAUAAUUGAUAAUCCGUGCCUCGAAACAGGUUGAAUCUGCCUUUGAAUUUGCCAGAAUUUGCCGGAAAUUGGACUAUCACAACUUUGUGUUCUCUAUGAAAGCCAGCAACCCAGUGAUCAUGGUCCAAGCAUAUCGCCUUCUUGUUGCCGAAAUGUAUGUUCAAGGAUGGGAUUAUCCUCUCCAUUUGGGAGUUACUGAAGCUGGAGAAGGUGAAGAUGGACGCAUGAAAUCUUCAAUAGGCAUUGGGACACUGCUUCAGGUAGAUAUUCUGGUUCCAUCUUUUCUCAUCCGAUCUUUCAUUGUCUGUUCUACUCACGAAUGUUGAAAGGCUGUCUUAGACCAAGAGUCCCAACUUGUCUAUGAUUUAGCAUCGUUAUUACCAAUAUUUAUACCAUGCAAAUAUUUUCUGUUACUUUAUCGAUUCCACGGUUGCUUUUCAAUCAGCUAAUCCUGAUUGUCAAUACAAAAAUGUUAUUUAUUUAUAUUUUUUUGUGAUGAGCGACUGUCAGGAACCACUAGGUAAAUAUAUGAAGGUUGGAAUUAAAAUUUAAAUGAAAUAUAAAGGUUGACACGAGAAAGAGUGGCUCUGGAUCAUUGUAUUACAUAGUUGGGAGUUAGCCAUCAACUCAUGAUUUAUAAAUUAGAAUUUCGUUACUUCAGCUCUCAUGCUGGAAUGUCUAUGUGACACAGGAUGGUCUGGGAGAUACCAUCAGGGUAUCACUAACAGAACCACCCGAGGAAGAGAUUGAUCCCUGCAGAAGGCUGGCGAAUCUUGGUAUGCAAGCUGCAAAUCUUCGAAAGGGAGUGGUUAGUCUCCUGAUAAUCUUUUCCUUUGGCAUAGAUUUCACAGGUUAAGUUUUCAUUUUUGUCUCCUUCUCUGGGCAAGUCUUUUUAUUUUUCCCUUUUUCAACAGGGACCUUUUGAAGAAAAAAGCAGGCAUUACUUUGAUUUCCAGCGUAGAAGUGGACAAUUACCUAUGCAGAAAGAGGCUAGUUUAUUCGAGAUUUAGUAUCUACAUUUCCUUUAAAAGCUAUAUGAUUUCUUGUGCAUGUUUGUGAAAACUUCUCAUGGCAUUGGAUGCAGGGAGAAGAAGUGGACUACAGAGGUGUCCUUCACCGCGAUGGUUCUGUCCUGAUGUCUGUCUCUCUGAAUCAGCUGAAGGUAGGAUUUGGUGUAAUGUUUGCCAUCACAUUGUAGUUUGGGAUAAUGCUUGCUCAUUAGGUUAUAUUUUUGUUGAGAGACAUGUUGCUCUUUGGUGGGUCGUGUUUUCCUCAUUUUAAUUUCCACUACCUGAUCCAGUUUCAACAUGGUUAACUUCUAAGUUCCAUUUUCGUUGACGUUUGGAUCUGAAACUUUUCUUUAUCUUGGUUCCUGCUCAUGUAUUUUCCACCCUCUUAUCAGACGCCCGAAAUCCUUUACAAGUCUCUUGCAACAAAGCUUGUGGUUGGCAUGCCAUUCAAGGUUUGUCCUGCUACAUUUUCCUCCCACAAUUUAAUAUUUUUUCAGCCAGCAUCAGAUUUUGUUCCUUCCUAAACCGGCUCUGGUUGUGGUUGCAGGAUCUAGCAACCGUGGACUCAAUACUUCUGUGGGAGCUUCCUCCGGUUGAAGAUGUCAAUGCUGUAAGUAACGUAAUAUUUAUUUUUAAAUUUUAUUUUAUUCCCAUUCUUAUUAUUAUUAUUGUUAUUGGUGGAUACGUCUCUACACAAUACUGUUCUUGAGUAGCCGAAGUAUUUCCAAAGUUGUCAUGACAUUCUUCCUCUUUCGCAGUUGGAGAAUUAUGAAAUGUGGAAGUGACUUAAUUCUUCACUUUUUUGCACAGAGGCUAGCACUUAAAAGAUUAAUAGAUAUUAGCAUGGGAGUUUUGACUCCUUUGUCAGAGCAACUUACAAAGCCUCUGCCUUAUGCAAUUUCCUUGGUGAACCUCAAGGAGCUGACUACUGGUGCAUACAAGCUUCUUCCAGAAGGUAAUAUUUCUCUUUUCUUAUUAUGGUAUUGCCUAAUUUUUUUUUAGCAAUGUUAUAUGACUUAUCUUACCUCUUAGGAUCACGCUUGGCUGUAACUGUUCGAGGCGAUGAAACAUAUGAGGAGUUGGAGAUUCUUAAGAAUGUUAAGGACAUCACGUUGUUGCUCCACAAUGUACCAUACACCGAGGAAAAGAUUGGCCGAGUUCAUGCGGCAAGGAGGUAGUCAUCGUAUCAAUUUUGCACUGGUUUCUGUUUCAACCGUUGAUCCUGCCACAAACCCUUAUUUUUUUAUUACUAAAUUUUCUAACUCUUGAGUAUGAUACUGGGCGCAAGUACUGGUCAUCAAAUUAGCGAUCUAAACAGCAGAUAAAUUUAUGCCAUGAGGGGGUGAAAUGACCCACAUACAACCGGGUAAUAUGAAAAUCAUGCAGAUUGCACCUUCUUUUGGUUUCCCCUUCUCUUGUUCUCACCCCUCUUGUCUUUGUCGGGAAGCCUGCCAUAUAUGUCACCAAGAUUCUGUGAAAUCGCGUUAUGUGAAGAUAACUGGGAUAUGAUAUCCCGAUUGAGUUUGUCAGACAAAGACGACCAUAAAAUGCUCGCGGUUGUUUGAACCCAAGCGGUUCAUGUUAUCCACGUGAAUCUGACUAGAUGGAGGUCUGUUCUUGAUGUCAAACACCAUUCAAAAGAAAUGAGAAAAACCCAAAAUUGGUGACCUAGACGGCAGAAAACAUAAAAUGUGGGCUACGAAGAUGGAAGGGAACCCAAAACGAGAUGAAGCCAAAAUAAAUCGAGUUAAUAAUUCCUCAGAUUCUCAGGCUUAUUAACUAUUUCAUUGUUAAUUAUUUUUUAAUUUCUUCUCAUAACUGAUCCAAAUUUUUAGGAGCGUCACAAAUAAUUUCUGGCCCAUUUAAAGGUUAGCAUGCUGUUACUCUAGGAGAUCAUGAAUAAUACGAAUUUAUUCCUCUUUGUGAGAUUUCUGUGUUGUGGAUUCAAGGGCGUGUUCGGAUCAUUUUUGAUUUAUGGAUCCUCAAAAAUCAAUCCUCGUCUUCAGUUUUUAAGAAGGGUAUCAGCAAUACCCCCGUCCAUUCUGUUCAGUUUUUCUGCUUUUUUAACCAUUUUUUUUGCAGGUUGUUCGAGUAUUUGGCUGAUGCACAACUUGAUUUCCCUGUAAUUCACCACAUUCAGUUUCCGGAGGGGAUCCAAAGGCACGAAUCUCUGGCUCCGGGUGCUUGUCGGACACACUUUCUCCUUGUUAAUGAAUGCUCGCUCCACUUCAAUUUGCAGAGACGAUCUGGUUAUCGGAGCUGGAAGUAAUGCCGGCGCUCUUCUUGUGGAUGGCCUUGGAGACGGCUUAUUAUUGGAGUCCCCUGGACAGGAUUUCGACUUUUUGAGGAACACGUCCUUCAACCUGCUCCAAGGCUGCCGAAUGCGAAACACGAAAACAGUAAGCGCUUCGUUGUUUUUCCCCGAGGGAUAGAAUAGUUCCUUGCCUGUCAGAUGACGUCCAAGUAUUUGAGGAGUAACUUGGGUAAAGAACAUCUCUUUCACUUGUUAAUGUAGGAGUACGUCUCGUGCCCAUCGUGUGGCCGAACGCUCUUUGACCUUCAGGAGAUAAGCGCUCAAAUCAGAGAAAGAACAUCCCAUUUGCCCGGUGUCUCGGUAAAAUUUCUCGGUUCUCUGGACACGCACUUGCCCUUUGAGAGUCGAAAUCUUCUACCGAGGUGACAAUUUUUUGUGCGACCUUGUGCCAGAUCGCUAUCAUGGGUUGCAUAGUCAAUGGCCCUGGGGAGAUGGCUGAUGCAGAUUUUGGCUACGUGGGGGGCGCCCCGGGAAAGAUCGACCUCUACGUCGGCAAGGUAAACAAGCUCCUCUCCGUCUUGCCUUCGUUCAUUUUUCAUUCAUCGCACCGUACAAGAAAGGAGCACAGGAAGGCCGAUCAAGGGUCGCGAUGGGCUCCCGGCCCUGCUCCGGUGGGCGUCUUCUAAGACGGAAGAAGAACUGAGGCGCCGAUUUUUCGUGGCUCUUCCAGACCGUGGUGCAGAGGGGGAUCGCCAUGGAUCAGGCGACGGAUGCCUUAAUCCAGCUGAUCAAGGAACAUGACCGCUGGGUCGAUCCGCCAAAGGAAGAAGAAUGA